GUGCAGUAGCAUGAUCUCCGUUCACUGCAGCCUCAACCUCCUGGGCUCAAGUAAUCCUCCUGUCUUGUCCUCCCAAAAUGCUGGAAUUACAGUAUCAUAAUGAAGACCUGGAAAAAGACAAAACAUCACAAAACUGCCUAGGAAGAGGAAUGGAACAAGUAGCAAAGAAGUUAGGGGUGGCUCAUGAAGAGAUUCAAAGGCUCACUGAUGAACUACAAGUGAAGGAGAAGGAACAAUGUAAAUUAGAUUCUGCACUUAAGAAGGCUCAACUAGAAAUUGACAAAUUGAAGGAAAAUUUGGUAAAGCUGAAAGAAAAUGAUGCAGCUGACCUACAGAAAGCAAAGGAACAUAAUCAGAGACUGGAUGAGGAAAUUCUGGCUUUAAGAAAUAGGGUUCGAUCACUUGACUCAGAAAAAAAGGUGCUUGGUGAAAUGGUUGAAAGACUUAAAGGAGAGGUGUGUGAAUCUCAAGAGAAUAAGCAACUUGGAAACCACUCCCCUGGAAAAACUGUGGGUGGUGAACAGAGAGAACAGAUCCUGAAAAUGAGCCAAGAAAAAAAUGAAAUGUUUGAAAGUGAGUGGUCAAAAGAGAGAGAGAGAGAGAAGCAGUUGGCAUCUGAUCUUGACACUGCAGAGAAGGCCUUGAAAGUUGAAAGUGAGGAAUUGCAAAAAUCAAAGUCAGAGCUUAUAUGCCUUUAUAAUGAAGUUCACAAUCUUCCAGGGGAAUCAGAAAGCAAAGACCAUUUUUUAAUAGCAUGUGACCUGUUACAAAGAGAGAAUUCUGAAUUAGAAACAAAGGUCUUGAAGCUUUCACAAGAAUUUGCACAAUUAAAUCAUUUUACUCUAGGGGGAAAAACUGCACCUUCUAAUUUAAUUACAAGUGAAAAUACCUGUAAAGAUCCUGAAUCUAAUGAACCAAUUUUGGAAACAGAAAUUCAAAGCCCAAAGGAAGAGACAGAGGAACUCUGUCCCAAAUUAGGAGAAAGAAAGCAGAAGGAAAUUCCAGAGGAGUCAGUAAAGGAGGGCAGUUUUCCAAGAGAGGGGCAGAAGGAGGAGGGCUCACAACAGAAUCGAAAUAUGAAAGAUGAAGAAAAGGAACAACAGUUAACCAUGAAGCCUGAGGAAAUUGUGAGGCUUAGAGAAGAGCUGAGCCGUAUAAAUCAGAGCCUCCUUCAGUCUCAGAGCUCUGGGGAUAGUUCAGAUGACAGUGGUGCCCAGCAUCCAUCAUCUGGAGAAAAACUAAAAUACAACCAGCAAGGGGAAGUACAACAACUUCACCAGAAUUUGCACCGGCUCCAGAUUCUAUGCAACUCAGCUGAAAAUGAGCUUCGAUAUGAACGAGGGCAGAACUUGGACUUAAAGCAACAUAAUAGCUUACUUCAGGAAGAAAACAUUAAGAUAAAGAUUGAACUAAAGCAUGCCCAACAGAAGUUAUUAGACAGCACAAAGAUGUGCUCUUCACUCACGGCAGAGUGCAAGCACUGUCAGCAGAAAAUCAAGGAACUGGAGUUGGAAGUACUUAAACACACUCAGAGCAUUAAAUCACAGAACAACCUACAGGAAAAGCUGGCUCAGGAGAAAUCUAAAGUUGCUGAUGCAGAGGAAAAGAUUUUGGACCUGCAGCGGAAAUUAGAACAUGCUCAUAAAGUCUGUCUCACAGACACUUGUAUUUCAGAGAAGCAGCAGCUAGAGGAAAAGAUAAAAGAAGCAACAGAAAAUGAAGCUAAAGUAAAGCAACAAUAUCAAGAAGAACAACAGAAGAGGAAACUUCUAUAUCAGAACGUAGAUGAGUUACACAGGCAAGUGAGAACCUUACAAGAUAAAGAAAAUCUACUGGAAAUGACCUGUUCUCAGCAACAAUCCAGAAUUCAGCAACAAGAGGCCCUACUUAAACAACUGGAAAAUGAAAAAAGAAAAUAUGAUGAGCAUGUCAAAAGCAACCAGGAAUUGUCAGAGAAGCUAUCUAAGCUACAGCAAGAGAAGGAAGCUCUACGUGAAGAAUAUUUGCGAUUAUUGAAGCUGCUUAAUGUCCAUGUGAGAAACUAUAAUGAGAAACAUCACCAACAAAAAGUCAAGCUUCAAAAAGUCAAGUAUCGUUUAACUAAUGAAGUAGAACUACGAGAUAAGAGAAUUAACCAAUUUGAAGAUGAAAUUGGAAUCCUGCAACAUAAAAUAGAAAAGGAGAAGGCAAUACAGGACCAGAUCACUGCCCAAAAUGAUACCCUGCUUCUAGAAAAAAGGAAACUUCAGGAGCAAGUCAUAGAGCAAGAACAGUUGAUCCACAGCAACAAAUGGACGAUAUCUUCCAUCCAGAGCAGGGUACUUUACAUGGAUAAAGAAAAUAAGCAAUUACAGGAAAAUAGUCUUCGUCUCACACAGCAGAUUGGCUUCUUAGAGCGAAUUAUAAGGAGCAUCCAUAUUCGCAGAGGAGAGAAUCUUAAGGAGUUUCCUGUUCCAAAAUGGUGGCAUAGAGGCAAGCUGGCUUCUCUCCCUCCAACAAAGAAACAGAAAGAAAUAUACAGCACUGAGGUCUUCACCAGCAACAAUGCAGAACUCCAGCAUGAGGAUGAGUCAGUUCCUGAGGCCACAGAGAAGUGGAAACACUCUGAGCAGAUGGAAACAACAAUUAGUGACAUCCUUGAAUCCGAAGUAGUGAAUGAAAUAUUGCCUUUAUCAAACUCCAGUUUUUCAGGAAAAGGUUUGGUAGAGUCAUUUGCAAGUCUUCAAGAGACUGAAGAGAUCAAGUCAAAAGAAGCAAUGGCAAGUUCAAAGUCCCCUGAAAAGUCUCCUGAGAAUCUUGUGUGUUCACAGAAUUCUGAGGCUGGAUACAUAAAUGUGGCUUCUCUGAAGGAGACACAUGGUAUACAAAAACAAGACCAAAAGUCAGAACUAUAAAAUCACUGGUGCCUAAAGCUAUACUGAACAAAAGUGCUAACUUAAAGCCUGGACAAAAGGUGGACCAUGACAUUGAGAAGAGUUACCACAGAUCCCAAAUGGAUAUCACCCAAGAGUCUUCAAAAUUGCUGAUAAAUUCAUUAAAGCAGUUGUAAAAAUGGA